AUGUCUGCCGCUCAGAACGAAUCCGCCGCUUGGCCCAAGGCUGAGGACCCUGCGCUGGUCCAGGAGCUGCUUGACUGCGUGCAGCAGGCCAGCCACUACCGCCAGCUCAAGAAGGGCGCUAACGAAGCGACCAAGUCAAUCAACCGCGGCACCAGCGAGCUUGUCAUCCUUGCCGCUGACACUCAGCCGCUGAGCAUUGUGCUUCACAUUCCCCUCAUCAGCGAGGAGAAGAACGUGCCCUAUGUGUACGUCCCAAGCAAGGUCGCCCUCGGCCGCGCCUGCGGUGUGUCUCGUGCCGUCAUCGCCGUCUCCCUCACCUCCAACGAGGCUUCGGACCUGAACUCCAAGAUCCGCGCCCUGCGUGACAAGGUCGAGCGUCUGGCCAUGUAA